GGGGAGAACUAGCCGAGUCAGCGUGAAAGAUAAGCAAUGCCGACUACCCCAGUCAGCUUAAUCUAUCUGGUGAUCCCUAUCCAAUGGUCGCAUCCAGACCUACUCCUCCUCAUUCUUCAAACGUCCAAAUACACAAACAAUAUUUGAAUCCCUCCUCACUCGACUACGGUCUCUCGGAAUAGAAGUCUACUAUAUGACUUGCUCAGUUUGGAAUCCUCGAUAACCAUGGAAGCUUCUUCACUGGCGCUGGCCCAUGAUCACGCUCGCGCUGCAGUGCUCGCGACGCACAGCUCAGAUACAACGGUUGCAAUAAAUGAACAUGCAUUAGCUGCGGGGGAAUUUGCAAAAGCUGCAUCUGGAACAGGGAGCGCAGAGGCUUCUAGGACUUUAAGACUUUUAGAACAACAUCAUCAGCGACUCUCAGAACUCCUUCGAUACCCCACUGAACAUCCCGUAACUCCGAACGCGAACGCGAAUGCGAGCGAAACAGAAGUGAAAUCGGUCACGGAGAAACCAGUAUCGACAUCUGCAGCAGUAGCAGAGUUACGCUCUUCCAAAUCAGACCUCGGUCCUCGCUCACGAAAUACCUCAGGCUUGCAAACUCCCAGGCGCCUCCCUCCGCGCGAAUUAUCUUCAUCAAUCGCCAGUAAUCUAGCUUCUGCAAGGGGUAUACGCUCAGGUCAUAGUCGCCAGCCGCUCUCACCAAGUACAUCAGCUUUACAGGCUCCAGGUACCCCUGACGGACGCCGAGAAGGGGGUAAAAAGCCAAAUGUUGAAUCCAUUCCAGAGAACGCCACAUUAAAGCCCAGUUGGGUACCUCCUCAACAUACUCAAGCGAAAGCAGAUGCUCAAACUUCUACAUCAAGAACAUCCGCGGUCGCUGAGCCGAAAUCGACUCCUGCGACUGCACAAGAUGACGGCUUCUCGAAAUUCUACAGUGCCUUCAAUAGUGUCGUUUAUAAGUUAUCAGCCCCGUUAGCGUUUGCUGGAUUGCCUCUAUUCUCAGAGCCUGAACCAUCUGCAAAGCCACCAGAAGUGUUACCUACAACCACUCGCAAAAGUAGACCCCAAAGCAGGGAAAGGCUGCCCACAGAGGAGCCUGAUCUUGCCAAAUACAUAUCCAAGGCCGCUCUUCGUGCAUCUGCUCGUGAUGGGCAUCCAGGCAAUGAUUCCUUCUACGUAGUUCCCACCACGGGCGGCAUGGUAUCAUAUGCACAAAUACUCUCCUUUGAAAAGAAAGAACAACGUCGUUUAGCAGCAUCCAUGCAUGGCAUAGAUCCGCAACUUUUCCCUGAUCCAAAUGACGAGGAUGAUUUUGUCGAUGCUCGGGAAACGCCCAUGCCUAAUUCCCCCAACAAAUUAAAGAAUCGUCGUAUAGCGGGUAGAGAGACAGAUAUUCGAAUCGAGGAGCUAGAUCUCGAAAACAAAAGUCUUAAAAAAUGUAUCGAUAAACUCAGCAACCGACUCCAUGCUUUCGAAAUGGCAGCGCAGAAUAACGGUAUGGCGUUACAAGAAAGUAUUCGUCUAAUGCGACCUGAUGAUAGGAGCCCAGGCGGUAAAUCGAACGAUGAGAUGGCUAGGAAAGUGAUAGAGCUUGAAGAACAAAUGAAGGUCAUAAAUAAAGAAAACCAGAGGCUAUUCCGCGAUAACCAAAGGUAUCGAGAGACGCUCUUGAGGUAUAGGGAAAAAUUCGAUGCAUUAAAGGCUGGGGCUAGGGGCAGAAGAGACAAGGAGUUAGGUGUGAAAGAAGUAGAAUCGAAGGACGGAAGUGUGAAAGCAGGGAGCGGUGCAAAUAAACCGGUAGGAAAGGAUACGAAGGAAGUGGGCGGAGGAAGAUUCAUGGCAGGAUAGGUGCUUCAAACGCAUCCUCACAAUGUGUUGCGAUAUACUAGGGAUCCUUUUCGAAUCAUCAUCAAGCGUUUAGGAUUGUAAAGCGUCAAUAGCUGUCUCAACUUGGAAGGUAAAUUGGGAAAAGGAAACGGCAAAAGGUAAAAGGUAUUUCGAAAUCUCUAGCAUCAUCAUCCAUUAUUCAUCAUCUAUGUAAAACCUACGUAUGGUAUCCCAUUUAAUCACACAUCCAAAUCAAAUACCCUCCGCACCUAACAUCUCUGUGCA